AUGUAUACCUACUUGUACAACUUUGCAAAAAAUAAGGAUGACUUGGGACAGGAACUCUUUUUGGCUUGGGCUGGAUGGGUUUGUGUAUGGACAUCUCUGUUGCUGUUUCUGCUAGCAAUAUUCAAUGCUGGCAAUAUCAUCAACAGAUUUACAAGGGUUGCUGAAGAGCUUUUUGGCAUGCUGAUUUCAGUCUUGUUCAUUCAAGAGGCUAUUAAGGGAAUGAUAAAAGAGUUUAGUGCUCCUAAAAAUGAAAACUCAACAUUAGAGCAUUACCAAUUUCAUUGGCUCUAUGUGAAUGGCUUAUUAGGUAUUAUAUUCACAUUUGGCCUUCUCUAUACAGCAUUGAAGAGCAGAAGAGCAAGAUCAUGGUUAUAUGGGACAGGUUGGUUGAGAAGCUUUAUUGCAGACUACGGUGUGCCUUUCUUGGUGGUAGUAUGGACAGUUGUGUCCUUCUCUGUGCCAAGCAAAAUACCUUAUGAAAUUCCAAGAAGACUAGUUGCUCCCCUGGCUUGGGAAUCUACAUCUUUACACCAUUGGACAGUUAUACAAGAUAUGGGGAAGGUUCCUCCAACAUAUAUAUUUGCUGCAUUUAUUCCUGCAUUGAUGGUAGCAGGGCUUUACUUCUUUGAUCAUAGUGUUGCUUCUGGGCUGGCACAACAAAAGGAAUUCAAUCUCAAGAAACCUUCUGCAUACCAUUAUGACAUAUUCUUACUAGGAUGCAUGGCUUUGAUAUGCGGACUACUUGGCUUGCCUCCUUCAAAUGGUGUUUUGCCUCAAUCUCCUAUGCACACAAAGAGCCUUGCAGUUCUUAAGGGUCUGAUGAUCAGAAGAAAGAUGGUUGAAAGUGCCAAGGAAAGUAUAAGAAAGAAAGCCAGCAACUCUGAAAUAUAUGGAAAGAUGGAAGCAAUAUUUGUAGAAAUGGACAGCAGCCCAGUUACUUCUGUGGAAAGAGAAUUGGAGAACCUAAAAGAGGUAGUCCUAAAAGGUGAAGAUAAAGGAGACAACAAGAAGGAUACAUUUGACCCUGAGAAGCAUAUUGAUGCAUGUUUGCCUGUUAGAGUAAAUGAGCAAAGAAUGAGCAAUCUUUUACAAUCAGUCUUUGUUGGAGCAUCAGUAUUUGCUAUGCCUGUCAUAAAAAAGAUUCCAACUUCUGUUUUGUGGGGAUACUUUGCUUACAUGGCCAUUGAUAGUCUUCCUGGUAACCAAUUCUGGGAAAGGAUAUUACUUCUCUUUGUAACACCUAGUAGGUGGUUCAAGUUAUUAGAAGGUCACCAUGCUUCUUUUGUGGAAUCAGUACCAAUUAGAAACAUAGUAUUCUUCACAAUAUUCCAAUGUGUGUAUUUCUUGGUUUGUUUUGGAGUAACAUGGAUUCCAAUAGCCGGAAUCUUGUUUCCGUUGCCUUUCUUUUUCCUGAUCUUGGUGAGGCAAUAUAUCCUUCCUAAGCUGUUUAGUCCUCAUCAUCUAAGAGAACUAGAUGCAGCUGAAUAUGAAGAAAUCGCUGGUGCUCCAAGACUCUCUGUAAGUGCAUCCAAUAGGGAUUCACCUAGUUUUGGAUCGAUGGAAGUGUCUGAUAGUGAAAUAUUAGACGAAUUAACUACCAACAGAGGAGAGUUGAAGGUCAGAAGUCUAAGCUUUAUAGAGGAAAGACAUGGUCAAGUAAGUGGUUACUACAAUUGA